CCUCUCUGCUGGGCUCUGCCUGAGGCGGCGCUGCCCGGGAUUCCUGGACCAUCUCAGCUGCUUGUGGAGCCCCCGGGAGAGUCUGGCUUCCCACGGAGCCUGGAGAGGAGCUGUGGGGACGGAGGUCGGUGCCCUGACGCCUUAAGUGCUUGCUUCCCAGAGCCCCGCCUUGUGUCAAAGAGAAGAAGAGAGCAAUGACCAAGUCACAGGAGGCAGUGACGUUCAGGGAUGUGGCAGUGGUCUUCAGUGAGGAGGAGCUGGGACUGCUGGAUGCUGCCCAGAGGAAGCUGUACCAUGACGUGAUGCUGGAGACCUUCAGGAACCUUCUGUCAGUGGGAGGCCAGAAUCCAAACAAGAUGGAGAAUCUUCGUACAGAAGGAUUAAGGUACCUUUCCCUGGGGCAGCCUCCAUGCUGGCAAAUAACAAGCCAUGAUGUCAUCAGACUGGCCAGAACUCCAGAAGCUGUAAUAAACACUCAAGGAAAGGGUCCUCACUUCCUGGAGCAGUUCCAGAGGGCUGGAGAAGAGCCUCUCUGGGCCUUAGAAGAUGGCAGCUGUCUUGAGAGUCUCAAAAGACCCCAUUCCAGCAUUACUGAAAGUCAAGAAAUUCUGUCUGCAAGAUCUCAGAGAUCAUGGAGUAAAACACAUCUUACUGUGAGACGGAACCUUCAGCAACACUGUGCACAGACUCUGGUGAAAAACAAGCCACAACUGUUGGCUCAAGAAGUUGACAUUCUGAGUUGCAUUUCCCACCACGAUAACAAUAAACUGCAUAAAAGAGACAAAGCCCACAGCAAUAUUAACUGUGGUAAAGUCAUCUUUCCUGAGUCACCCCUCACCCAGCAUCAUGUUUACACAGAACAGAAGGCCUCCCAGUGCAUCCAGGGCCAAGACGCCUUCAUUGACAGCCCCAGUCUGGAACUCCAUCAGCAGGUCCGCUUAGGAAAGGAGUCCCCUGUACCUACUACACAUAAGGACACCGGCCAUAGCUCCAGUGUCCCCAUUCAACAAAGUGUUCAUCCAGGAAAAAAGCAAUACCGGUCCCCUGUGUGUGGGAAGAGCUUUAACCAGAGCUCACAACUGUAUGCUCACCUGCCCACCCAUACAGGUGAGAAGCCAUACACGUGUGACAGCUGUGGUAAGGGCUACCGCCGCAGGGCAGAUCUCAACAUCCACUGCCGAGUGCACACUGGAGAGAAGCCUUACAAUUGUGAGGUGUGUGGGAAGGGCUUCACACGGAGCGGACACCUCACGAUGCAUGAGAGAACUCACACAGGAGAGAAGCCUUAUACAUGCGGAGACUGUGGCAAAAGUUUCAGGUGUGGCUGGAGCCUUCGCACCCACCAGCGAGUCCACACUAAGGAGAAGCCAUACGAGUGCAAAGAGUGUGGAAAGUGCUUCACCUCUAAUUACAACUUCCACAGCCAUCAGUGGGUCCAUACAGGAGAGAAGCCAUAUAAAUGUGAGGAGUGUGGGAAGGGUUUCAGUUCGGGCUCCACCUUCCAUAGGCACCAGCGGGUCCACGCAGAAGAGAACCCAUUUCGCUGCAGUGUGUGUGGGAAGGGCUUCAGUGAGAGGUCGACUUUUCAAGCUCACCUAAGAAUUCACGUUGGAGAAAAACCAUACAGAUGUGACGUGUGCGGGAAGCAUUUCACCUGGAGAGUCAGCCUUCACAGUCACCAGAGCGUCCACACGGGAGAGAAACCCUAUAAAUGCAAGGAGUGUGGGAAAGGGUUCAGCAGUGCCUCAAGUCUGCAGGUUCAUCAGAACAUCCACACUGGGGAGAAGCCGUUCCAAUGCAAGGUGUGCAAGAAGCAGUUCAGGCAGGCCUCAAACCUCCACGCCCAUCAGAGGGUGCACACGGGGGAGAAGCCCUACAAAUGUGACACGUGUGGGAAAGCCUUCAGCCGGAGGUCCUAUGUCCAAGUCCACCAGAUAAGUCACACCAAGGAGAAACCAUUCAAGUGUCAGCAGUGUGGGAAGGGCUUCGGCUGGAGCACAGCACUUAGCGCUCACAGGAAGGUUCACACAAGACAGAAACCAUACACGUGUCAGCAGUGUGGGAAAGGCUUCAGUCACGCCUCACACUUCCAGAGGCACCAGAUGGUCCACACUGGUUAG